GCAAGCUAGCGCUAAAUAUUGACGAUCAGUGUCACCACUUGCCUUUCUUGGAUAAACUGUGCUGCAUGCCCGGCCGCGCGCUGCUUAUUAGGACUUCCACGACACUCAUCUUCGACACUCAUCCUGGUCGCCAUGCGUCGUCAACUGCUGCCCAUCGAAUGUAUCGCACUGAUCCUCGAAGAACUGCGGGGUGACUGCGGAACAUUGCUGGAUUGCGCAUUGACGCACAGCACAUGGUACCCUCACGCCAAACGGGUCUUGUACAAGACGAUCCACAUUGGAACUAGCAAGGCAUAUUCUACCUUCCUACACAUGAUCUCAGACGUCCACCUGCGGGAUCUCCUCGGGCGCAUGGAAGAGCUGAGAUUCAGCGGAUUCGCAAACGACCCCGCAGCUGACAAAUUUAGAACUCUCAGCCGAGUGCUGGUAGCACUUGCUGACUUGCCCCUCCCUAGGCUCCGUCACCUCGCCUUUCGCAGUGCUACGCCACCCUCGACGAUCCCGAUCCACGUUUUCCCCGACUCGUUUUUCAAGACAUUCUCGUCGGUACGGUGCUUGGUCCUGGAGGCCCCGAAUUUGCGAUUUGUAGGGCUGCAUAGAUUGAGGCAUCUCGUUAGCGCAUUACCGCAGCUUGAAGACUUCCGCAUAUUGGCCGUACGGCUCCUCAUCUUAAAUCCUGUGAACCCUGUCCCAAGCAUUGCGACGGCGCAUCCGCAGCCGAGACUGCAGCAGCUGCACCUAGACUUCUACCGUGGAUGGGCAUCGCGGAACAGACCAGACCCCGAAACUACAUUGCUUUACUGGCUGGCACUCACGCCGACUGUGCAAGAACGAGCCCUGCGUGUUCUGCGCCUUGGAACAGUGACCUCCUUACUUAAUGAGCCGGAAAUCUACUACGACGCAUUAGCCCAUAUACUGGAAUGUCUGGGUCCGUCGCUCACCGACCUUCAGGUGUCUAUUGACCCUAAGGGUGCGUCGCCGAGUCUAGUAGCACACAGAGAUGCUCAUGCCUUCUCAUUGCAGGGACCAGCGUGCUGUCGCACAACCCCAACCUUGAGUCGCUCACCUUGAGGUUCGAUCCGGGCAUGGACGUCCCACCACUUCCUGCGCUAGCAAACACCGGGUCCCCUCUCAUGACAGCACUUGCCACUCUCAAUGCACCGCGUCUUCGCAAGUUUCGAUUGGACCUAUGCGUCGUCGCGACGCCCGCCUUUGAGGGCCUCGACCCGCAGCGACAGAACGACGACAUGAUUCGACACAUGGAGAUGGACUGGAAACCUCUCGACGAGUUGGCUGCACGAAAGCAGUGGGAGGCGACAAUCAAUGUGGAAUACUUGCUCUGCGGCAACUGGAAGCCCAAGCCAGAGAAGGUCCACGUUGAACGGUACCACCUUCAGGUUGAAGAAGAGCUGAAGAAGCUGGCGUGGCAUGCCCGUGGCACGCUGAGACUCGGAUACACGAUAGUGGCAAAGUAGAGCCCCACUUCUCUGUCUCUAUUUAUACGAGGUCGGCGUAGAGUUUGGUGGAACAGCGAGAUGGCGAAUAAUUUAUGUGAGU